AUGGGGUUGGGAUUGGUGUUGGGGGUACUGGGAACAUCACUUGGUGGGCUUGAGGGAAUUGGUGAAGGAUCAGUUGUGGGAGUUCACUUGGAACCUCCUGGACUGGAGUGGAUAAAGAGGGGACAUCGAGGGUGCUUGAAGUGGUUCGCUGGGGAUAGGCGUGGUGGUAAUGUGGGAAUUGGAGAGGAACACUGGAAGGCGAUAAGAGGGUCUCUGAAGGACUUGGUGUUGGAAUCGUUGAUGGUGUCUCACUGGGGUCCCACUGGGAUGUGGGGUCGGUGGGAUAGUGGUGGUCUACUAGGUGGAGACGAUGGCACUUCAGAUGGUGGUGCUGAUGGAGGCGUUGAUGGCACGUGGAUGGAGGAGUUGAUGGGGCCUCAGACGGAUUAG